AAAAACACGCUCGAUCCGACAUUUUCAAUUGAUGAUCUAAAAACACAGUAAACAGCUCUCAGCCGAGCAACCAAUUCCACUUUCUGAGUCACACUACUUGCUUUACACUCCCUCUCUCUCUCUCUCUCUCUCUCUCUCUCUCUCUCAGCUCACACAGAUUCUCUGCAACUAUUCGUCAGAUCUCUCUUAUGCUUUCUCUCACUAACCACCUCAACUUCACUCCACUAACCAAAUCAAUCGCAGCUCUUCCAUCAUCUCUCUCUCUCUCUCUCUCUACAUAUUUUCUCUCUCUCUCUCUCUCUCUCUCUCUCCAUAUAUAUCUUUCUUGUUCAGAAUGCCUAACAGGGAUGGAGACUCAAACUCCAACUCCAAUUCGAAUCCAUACCCUAACCCUAGCAAACCAGAAAGACCGCCUCUUCUCAAGAAAUUCAAAACGAUCCCCGACGACACUCAAUUUCCGGGCCCACUCUUCCCCGCCGUCCGUCGUAUCUCCACUUCUCCUCCGUCGUCUCACCGGUCGUCCGAUUCCGAGGGAUCCAUCGCCGCUGAUCCGCUGGCCAAUAACGGCGUCGGAUUCUCCGAUCGCGACUGGUUGUUCCCGUCGUUUCUCGGCCCUCACGCGGCCAGGAAGAGAGUCAGUGUCAAGGCAUCAAAGUCGCUGAAGCACGAAUCGUCGCCUCAUCCUGCGGCUCGCAGCAAUUCGAUGCCAGCGAAUUUGGACGGUUGGAGCGAUGGAAAGGUGGGUACGGCUCGCCGGAUUGGUGCCUCUGCAGCUUUGCCAGUGGUGCAUUCGAAGCCGAAGCUAAAGGCGGAGAACGAACUGAAGUCAGUACCGGUUAAAGCUUUUGCCUCUUCCUCGUCGUCGACAUCACUGAGCUCAGCUAAUUUGUCUGGUGCUCGGACAGUUUCCAGAUAUAGAAAUUAUUGGAUCUUUUAUUUGCUCAAGUUUACUUGUAUAGUAUCGGUAUGUUAUGUAAUUUGUUUGCUAACUAAAGUCGCACAACUUCAGGAAGAGAAUAUUAGCCUUCGCCGACACUGUAGCUGUAAAAAUGUUGUUCAUAGUGACAGCAUUGAAGUUUUGAAGUCUAAAAAAGAGAGUUCAUUUUCCUAUUUUGGUAACUCUGACAAUAGGGCAAUUGCUCUCUACGCUGUUCUAUUUACUCUCAUUACACCAUUUGUGCUGUACAAAUAUCUUGACCAUCUUCCCCGAAUAAAGAAUCUCACAAAGAGGACAAACAAUAAGAAAGAGGAGGUUUCAUUGAAGAAGAGAAUUGCCUAUAUGGUGGAUGUGUGUUUCUCUGUUUAUCCUUAUGCGAAGCUGCUUGCCCUCCUCCUUGCAACUGUAUUUCUUAUAGGGUUUGGUGGCUUAGCAUUAUAUGCUGUCAGUGAGGGUAGUUUUUCUGAAGCCCUUUGGCUUGCUUGGACUUUUGUGGCAGACUCAGGAAAUCAUGCUGAUAGGGUUGGUGCUGGUCCAAGGAUUGUUUCGGUCUCUAUAAGUUCAGGAGGCAUGCUGAUUUUUGCUAUGAUGCUGGGGCUUGUUUCAGAUGCUAUUUCAGAGAAAGUGGAUUCAUUGCGGAAAGGAAAGAGUGAAGUCAUCGAAAGUAACCACAUUCUUAUUCUUGGAUGGAGUGAUAAAUUGGGUUCACUAUUAAAGCAGCUAGCAAUAGCAAAUAAGAGCCUUGGUGGUGGCGUUGUUGUUGUGCUUGCAGAAAGAGACAAAGAGGAAAUGGAGAUGGAUAUAGCAAAGCUAGAAUUUGACUUCAUGGGGACAUCUGUUAUUUGUAGAAGCGGCAGUCCUCUAAUACUUGCUGACUUAAAGAAGGUUUCAGUUUCAAAAGCACGCGCAAUCAUAGUUCUAGCAUCUGAUGAAAAUGCGGAUCAGAGUGAUGCUCGUGCAUUGAGGGUUGUGCUUAGCCUCGCAGGAGUAAAAGAGGGGUUGAAGGGGCAUGUUGUUGUAGAGAUGAGUGAUCUUGACAAUGAGCCCUUAGUGAAGCUUGUUGGGGGAGAACUCGUUGAAACAGUUGUUGCACAUGACGUGAUUGGACGGUUGAUGAUACAAUGCGCUCUCCAACCUGGUCUUGCACAGAUAUGGGAAGAUAUUUUGGGGUUUGAGAAUGCAGAGUUUUAUAUUAAAAGGUGGCCCCAACUGGAUGGAAUGCGUUUCGAAGAUGUACUUAUUUCAUUUCCUGAUGCAGUUCCUUGUGGAAUAAAGGUUGCUGCGGAUGGUGGGAAAAUAAUCAUAAAUCCAGAUGACAAUUAUGUUCUAAAAGAAGGCGAUGAAGUUCUUGUUAUAGCCGAGGAUGAUGACACCUAUGCUCCGGGUCCCCUACCAGAGGUGCGUAGGGAUUUUUUUCCUAAGAUAAUGGAUCCUCCAAAGUAUCCAGAGAAGAUACUAUUCUGUGGAUGGCGUCGUGACAUUGAUGAUAUGAUUCUGGUACUAGAGGCAUUCUUGGCUCCAGACUCAGAAUUGUGGAUGUUUAAUGAUGUUCUGGAAAAAGAAAGAGAAAAGAAGUUGAUUGAUGGUGGACUUGAUGUUUCUAGAUUAGAAAACAUAAAACUUGUUCAUCGUGAAGGAAACACUGUCAUCAGACGACAUUUAGAAGCUCUUCCUUUGGAGACUUUUGAUUCUAUAUUAAUUCUUGCAGAUGAAUCCGUGGAAGAUUCCAUUGUGCAUUCUGAUUCACGGUCUCUUGCUACUCUUCUCCUUAUCCGUGAUAUUCAGUCAAAGCGUCUCCCUUCCAGAGAUACUAAGUCCAUAGCUUUGCUGCGGCAUGCUGGAUUCUCUCACAGCUCUUGGAUCCAAGAAAUGCAGCAAGCUUCAGACAAAUCUAUAAUUAUAAGCGAGAUCCUGGAUUCUAGGACUAGAAACCUGGUGUCAGUGUCUAGAAUUAGUGAUUACGUGCUAUCAAAUGAGCUUGUGAGUAUGGCGCUAGCAAUGGUAGCUGAAGACAAGCAAAUAAACCGUGUUCUUGAGGAACUCUUUGCAGAAGAGGGAAAUGAGAUGUGCAUCAAACCUGCAGAAUUUUAUUUAUAUGACCAGGAGGAACUCUGUUUUUAUGAUAUAAUGAUUAGGGGUCGUCAAAGACAGGAAAUUGUGAUUGGCUAUCGCCCUGCAGAUGAAGAGCGUGCUAUAAUUAACCCUUUGCCCAAGUCACAGCUGAGAAAAUGGUCUCUUGAUGACGUUUUUAUUGUCAUUGCUUCAGAGGAAUGAGAAGAAACCAAUCAUAUCGCUAGAACUGCGGAUGCACUUGAUUUCUGCAAUUGCUUCGUCUUGCUUUUGCAAUUCAAUCAGCCAUAUCUUUAUCGGUCAGACCCAACGUCCAUUCGCAUGAACGUGAUACGCUAUGGUUGGUGAUUUCAAGAAUUCCCUAUGGAAAGAAAAUGGAGGAUUAUAUGUCUUAUUCUGUAUCCUAGUGGAGCUUCCUGUUGUCUGAAGAGAAAUAAUUUUCUGACAAGAGUACUCAGUGAUGCUCACUUGGACUACUAAUCCUAGGAUGACUCGGGCAAAUCUCCUGUACAAAUGUAACUAAAUUUGUUAGAAUUGUACUAAUGUGACGGGGAGAAACCCCAUCAACAUGCUGAAUUUGUUUAAUUUGUAACCUUUUUUUGACACCAAUUGACAUUUUUGUAUGUUAAUGAUCCAUAAGAGAAGAUUUUGUAUGUGAGAAUCAGAGUCAAAGUGC